AUGAACAUCAUCGUGCAAUUUUUAAUCCUCAAUCAUUUUCUUGGUACGAAAUAUACUUUAUGGGGAAUCGGCGUUCUCAACGAUCUUUUGCAAGGUCACAAAUGGACUGAAAGUGGGCAUUUUCCACGGGUGACCUUUUGUGACGUGGUUAUUAGGGAAUUAGGUAAUAUAAAUCGUAAAACUGUCCAAUGUGUAUUAAUGAUUAAUAUGUUCAAUGAGAAAAUAUUCAUUGCCAUUUGGUUUUGGUUAUUAAUUAUCGGUACACUUACACUAAUAAAUUUGAUUUAUUGGUCCGUAAUAAGUUUUGUACCUCAGUUUUCAAGAGAUUUCAUUGGACAUAGCCUGGUUAGUGCUUUUUCUAACAAAAUCAAGCAACAAACAAAAUCCUUCCUUUUAAUCAAUGUUAUUCCUAAUCCUUUUUCCAGUCUUCUAUUUUGUUAA